AUGAUCUCAUCUAUUCUUCAUUUGUUUAGAUCAAUCGAUAGUGGUCUUCCAGUAGAUAGUUAUAUGAAGCAUUGUAAUAAGACAGAGCCCAUCAAUAUUGGUCCUGGAACGUUGAAGUUAUUAGAUGAGCACGUCUGUGCGCAAGUGCCUAAAGAUACAUUCAUAACAUUUCAUAUUAGGAAUGGUUUUGAGAGAUAUUACAAGAUAUUUGCAUUCACAAACGUUUCAAAGAAAGAAAUUAUCAUAAAUUUGAUGGGAAAACAAUAUUCUUAUGCUGUUAGUUAUCAGUCACCUGGAUUUUUACUUGUUACAUCUGAGAAAAACAUAGAAAUUAGCUACACAGCUUUUGAUUUAUCAAAAUUCGUAAAUAAAGAGUCAGAAACCAAAUGUUCAAAUAUAGGAUAUCUUACUGGUCCAUCAAAAUAUACAAUUAAUACUAAUUUCAAUGAAAAUAUGCUUGACUUUCAAAAGAAUGAGAAUUGUAUCAUUUUCUCAAUGGAAAAUAGUGUGAAUUAUACUCGGUCGUUACAAUCAAGCCCAGAUAUCUCUAAAAAACUCUUUAAUUAUGAUGGAACCGAGAUAUCAUUACAAGAUAUUAACAACAAUACCGAUUUCUUGCUUGCAUUCUCAUUAACAAAAAAUAAUAAUAACCUCUCGAUGGUUUUUGAGUGUGAAUUCAAUCAAUCAGAGAAUUAUAUUUAUUCGAUCGCUGAUAACUCAAAUUUCGAGACAUUUCUAGUUACUUCUAAUGAUGACAGUUUAUUGAAGUCUUAUUUGGUUAUCUUUUUGACCCUUGGAGGCUUUAUUGCCUUGAUAAUUAUUAUUGUUAUUUUAUGUAUAUGCUGCGGAUGCUGUUCGAAAUGUGGACUUGUGAAGAUUCCAAAGAUCCCAGAGAAUCCAUCAACUUCUGACGUACUUAACGAUAUGGAUACAUCAGCUGCAGACAUCGUCACAGUUAAUCCAUAA